AUGUCAGAUUCCUGCUUUAACGAAUCAGUCAGCAGUCCUCCACCAUCGCCACAACCCCAUAAGGCUUGUCAGCUUUGCUUGCGUCGCUUCCUUUCUGGUCGCCCUAUCUUUGAGGCUAAACCAGCUGGUCGUAAGACCUCUGGCGCAAAUCCUGCUUUCUUCAUCACCUCUCCUAUGCGCAUAACUACAGGGACUCCAUUUCUUAACACCUUUUCGCCUUCGCCACCUCCACCUUCAUCGCGUCUGCAUCCGCCUUCAUCGACUCAGUCAUCGUCAUCCAGACUUCAACAACAGACUUCUAUGUUGGGUCACGCUAGACAUUCCGCCUUCCCGACAUGUUCUCAUUGGCCUCCGCCAAGCCGACAACCGCACAGUCCCCUUUGCCAUCCAAAUAAUGAAUCAACAUUUCUGCCAAGCACUCCCCCGCUAACUUCUGUAAGCUGGCCUCUAGCUAGAUAG